AUGCGUGAAUGUCUAUCGAUUCAUAUUGGACAAUGUGGCGUACAGAUCGGCAAUGCUUGCUGGGAAUUGUAUUGUCUCGAACAUGGGAUUCAACCGGAUGGACAGAUGCCAACAGAUUGUACAUUGGGAUCAGGUGACGACUCAUUUCAGACAUUUUUUGCUGAGACAGGAGCAGGAAAAUAUGUACCGCGUACCGUUUUCAUUGAUCUCGAACCGACAGUUAUUGAUGAAGUACGAACGGGUACAUAUCGUCAAUUGUUUCAUCCUGAAACAUUAAUAUCGGGCAAAGAAGACGCGGCAAACAAUUAUGCUCGAGGUCGAUAUACGGUUGGAAAAGAAAUCAUCGACUUGGUACUUGAUCGAAUUCGAAAACUAGCUGAUCAAUGCUCUGGCUUAUUAGGAUUUUUUGUCUUUCAUAGUUUUGGUGGUGGAACCGGUUCAGGUUUUACUUCAUUGCUUAUCGAACGACUGGCUGUUGAUUAUGGGAAAAAAUCGAAACUUGAAUUUGCUGUUUAUCCAGCACCACGCAUAGCUACAGCAGUUGUUGAACCAUACAAUUCCAUUCUAGUUACACAUAGUACCUUUGAAAAUUCGGACUGUUGUUUUUGUAUCGAUAACGAAGCAGUUUACGAUGUUUGUCGACGAAAUUUGGAUCUGGAAAAGCCAACUUACACUAAUGUGAAUCGAAUUAUGGCACAAGUCAUUUCAUCGAUCACUGCUUCACUUCGUUUCGAUGGCGCAAUUAACGUUGACCUAACAGAAUUUCAGACAAAUCUCGUUCCAUACCCACGUAUUCAUUUUCCUUUAACAACAUAUGCACCAAUAAUAUCAGCAGAAAAGGCGUAUCAUGAACAGUUAACAACAUCAGAAGUCACAUCAGCCUUAUUCGAACCGGGAAAUCAACUGGUCAAAUGUGACCCGCGGCAUGGAAAAUACAUGGCUUGUUGCAUUCUUUAUCGAGGUGAUGUUGUUCCAAAAGAUAUUAAUGCAACUAUUUCAACAUUGAAAGCAAAUCGUAACAUCCAAUUUGUUGAUUGGUGUCCAACUGGUUUCAAAAUUGGAAUCAAUUACCAACCACCUACAGUUGUACCCGGUGGUGAUCUCGCUAAAGUUCAACGUGCUGCUUGCAUGAUGGCAAAUACAACUGCUAUUGCAGAAGCAUGGGCUCGCCUAGAUCAUAAGUUUGAUUUACUCUAUGCUAAACGAGCAUUUGUUCAUCAUUACGUUGGCGAAGGUAUGGAAGAAGGCGAAUUUAGUGAGGCUCGUGAAGAUUUGGCAAUGUUAGAAAAAGACUACGAAGAAGUUGGAGCAGAUACAGCACCGGCUGAAGGUGAAGACGAAGGAGAAUACUAA